AGAAGCAGGCCCGGCCCGGGGGGGGGGGGAGAGCAGGGGAGGAGAUCGAGCAGCAAGGCUUCCCCGCCCGAUCCCUUCUCCCUCCCCACACCCCACCUACCCAACCCGCUUCCCUUUGCAACGAAAGCCCCUCUGGAUCCCUUUCCCCCGUUUAAGAAGCUACAUUAGUAACUCCCCCCACCCCAUAAUAGUACAAAAUGCUGGGCAUGUACGUGCCGGACAGGUUUGCCCUGAAGUCAUCUAACAUUCAAGACGGGAUGGGGCUCUUUACGGCCCGGAGAGUAAAAAAGGGCGAAAAAUUUGGACCCUUUGCAGGAGAGAAGCGAAUGCCUCAGGAGCUGGAUGAAGACACAGACUGCAGACUGAUGUGGGAGGUGCGUGGGAACAAAGGUGAGGUGCUUUAUGUGCUGGAUGCCAGCAGUCCAAGGCAUUCCAACUGGCUCCGCUUUGUACAUGAAGCACCAUCCCAGGAACAGAAGAACCUGGCUGCUAUCCAGGAAGGAGAAAAUAUUUUCUACUUAGCUGUUGAGGAUAUUGAAACAGAUACAGAAUUGCUGAUUGGUUACCUUGACAGCGACAUGGAAGAAGUAGAGGAAGAAGAAGAGGAAGUAAUUACUAACCAGGAAGAAGAUGACAGCAUCAUCAGCAACAAUGGUAACAGCAACCAUAAGGAAUUGCAACAAACUAAUGAGAAAGAUUCUUUUAGUUGCAAAGAGGACCAUGCCUGCCCUAACUGUGAAUCCAGUUUUGCCAGCCAGGAAAUCCUAGCUGAACACCUUCAGACAUUGCACCAAAAACCCAGUGAGGAAAAGGAAUUCAAAUGCAGGAAUUGUGGGAAGAAAUUCCCUGUUAAGCAAGCUCUGCAGAGGCAUGUUCUCCAGUGCACAGAGAAUGUCAACCCGGGAGAUAGUUCGAGAAGUUUUCAGUGUUCUGUUUGCAACACAUCCUUCAGCUCAGAAUUGAGCUACGAGCAACACAAAGAAGCAUGCCGAGGUGAUGCCAGGUUCGUAUGCAAGGCUGACAGCUGCGGGAAGAGGUUCAAGAGCAAGGAUGCUCUGAAAAAACACAAGGAAAAUGUGCACACUGGAAACUCUAGGAAGAGGCUGAUGUGCUCAGUGUGCAAUAAGAGGUGUUCUUCAGCAACAAAUCUUCAAGAGCAUCGAAAGGUUCAUGAGAUCUUUGAGUGUCAGGAAUGUGACAAGAAAUUUAUUUCAGCUAACCAGCUAAAACGCCAUAUGAUUACUCACUCAGAAAAACGCCCCUACACCUGCGAGGUUUGCAAUAAGUCCUUCAAACGACUUGAUCAAGUGACUGCACACAAAAUAAUACACAGUGAAGAUAAACCCUAUAAAUGCAAGCUUUGUGGAAAGGGAUUUGCCCACAGAAAUGUUUACAAGAAUCACAAGAAGGUACAGCACAGUCAGCAGCCAUGCAAGCUUUCCCACAGCAAAGUAUCAACCAAAUGUCUCAACCCUGUUCUGGAGGAACCACCUGUUGAGACCCAUUCUGAGGAGAGACCGUUUCAAUGUGAGGAAUGCAAAGCACUGUUCCGAACGCCAUUCUCUCUGCAGAGACACCUUCUAAUACAUAACAGUGAAAGAACCUUUAAGUGUGAUCACUGUGAUGCAACAUUCAAAAGGAAGGACACAUUGAACGUUCACAUACAAGUAGUUCAUGAUGGCCAUAAGAAAUACAAAUGUGAUUUGUGUGACAAAGCCUUUGUGACACCGUCUGUGCUUAAGAGUCAUAAAAAAACUCACACGGGCGAAAAGGAGAAAAUCUGUCCGUACUGUGGACAGAAGUUUGCAAGCAAUGGAACACUGAGAGUACAUAUUCGAAGUCAUACAGGAGAGCGGCCAUACCAGUGUCCUUACUGUGACAAAGCUUUCAGCAAGAAUGAUGGGUUGAAAAUGCACAUUCGCACCCACACAAGGGAAAAGCCUUACCAGUGCUCCGAGUGCAACAAAGCCUUCAGUCAGAAACGAGGCCUAGACGAGCACAUGAGAACCCACACAGGGGAGAAGCCUUUCCAGUGUGACGUUUGUGACUUGUCGUUCAGCCUGAAGAAAAUGCUGAUCCGGCACAAACUGACUCACAAUCCCAAUCGCCCCAUGGCGGAAUGCCAGCUAUGCCACAAAAAGUUUACAAGAAACGACUACCUCAAAGUACACAUGGAAAAUGUCCAUGGAGAAACUGACAGCUAAUUUUGGCUUGCACGAAAGAGUGUCUAGUGUUUCCUUUGUAGGAGUAUAAACUCCAGACUUCUCACCUGAUUAGUGAACACAAGACACACACACAAAACUCUAAUGUGUUCACAUAAUCACUUUUUUCAUGGUGUCUUGUAUUUCUGUUCAGACAAAAAAGAGAAAGGGUACCCUAAAUUACAUGAGGCUAGAAUCAACAUACGUUUACAUACUGUGAGUGGAUUUUUAAGACCAUUUUAGAAGGGCAAAUUGUCACCCAAAGCCAUCGCCAUUCUGUUAUAGGUAAGAGUUCUUUCUAAAUGCUCUAUCAUGUGGUGAAGUAGAUAGUUAACUAAAACUGCAAUCCAAAGCGCACUUACUGGGUGUAAAUUCCAGUCUGCUUACUUCUGAGUAGACAUGCUUAGCUUUGCACUGCACAGGGUGUAAAUGUUUUGUUGCCAGGAUAUGGGGAAACAGUUGCUUUCUCUAAGGAAACAAUCAGUAAGUUGCUGUCCUCUGAAAUAAUAGUAUAAACUCACUGUAUCUCAUUCCUUAGACAUUCUCACAGUCUAGUUUGAAAUUUUACAUAUUGAGGAUGGUGCUUUGAAUUACCUUAAUCCACUUCAUAAUUACACAUGAUUAGGUUCCAUAGAAAGCAUUGGGACCUCAGCAAAUGUCACCCUAGGACAAUAAAGUAAGUACCCUGUACUGGUAACUGAGAGAUUGCUAAGUCUGUGCAGCACUUUAUUACGCUUUAGUAAUAUUAUAAUAGUGGCUAGAUUUUUAUUAACCCAGUAAAUUGACUUCAGUUCUGUUAACCAGCAUGGCUCUUGCAAGCAAAGUUUAUUCUGGUUUAUACAUGUUUUGAUUAAAUUCAGAACUGAUAUUGAAAUACUAGAAUAUUUUUCAAGUGGCACUGUGCUGUGGAGAAUGAGAUCUGGGGACAUGCUGUCUCAACUGCUUCAGCAUGGUUUAUUACUUUGGGUUGCUAUUGUGGAAGGCAAAUCAAAAGCAAGCAAUGUGAGUAAUUUUUGUUGAAAUGCUACGUUAGCACUAAUGCAAUAUUUGUAAAUGCCAGCGCCAGAGGAAACAAAAUCUCAGAAUGGUAUUCAACAUCUGAUUAAGUCAAGGAACAUGUAAUUAAAUUGCUAGGAAGAAUUUUUACCCCAUGGAAUUCUGCGGAGUUUAGAGUUAGGCUUGUGCAAUGAAUCUGUCAUUCAUAUUCUUUUUUAUAUAUUAUUAUUAUAAAGACCAAGACUGGGUUAUGAAUAAUUUGCUAACUACAUUACUUUUUCAGCAAGUAGUUUGUCAUAAUUAUUAAUGGAAAGCCUGUAAAUUCUCUUACUUGGAUAAGCCAGUUAAUGUUCAAGGAAGCAAAUAAUGCCCCAAGGUGUCAUUUUUGUAGGAAACAAAAGUUUUUUAAUAAAUUUGGUUCUAGCUUGAUAUUCUUUCAACAGUUUUGUCUACACUACUACAGCUUCCUCUUUGGAGUUUGCUGCUUGUGCACCAACAAAUAGGCUACAAAAGAUUUUUGAGCUGCCACAGACACAAUCAGGAGGUAUUUUUUGUGUCCCUUCUGUAAGUGAUAUAGACUACUGUAAGGUAGGUCAGACAUAUUUUACAAGUUGCUGCUUCUGUGUAGAUGUAAUUUGAGAUUCAUUGUUCUGUCAAGUCUAGUUUGAGAUCUUCAUAAACGAACUUUCAGCUGUCAAUUGCACUGACAGGCACACAUGGGAUUUCUAGUUUAAAAGGCUUAUAGUAACUGACUUUAUUGAAUCAUGUCAUUUGUAUUUAGCAGUUAUCACUCACUCAAGCAUAUGACUGUGUCAAGAAUAGUCCAAUCAGUUUUGCUCGUGCAAAGCCAUGGAGCUCCAUGAAGCCUGAAGUAUCAGUUCUGCGGCUGUACAAUGAACACAACGAAAUGGACUAUUCAGACAGAAAGCCAGAGAAAGGAAGAGAUUGCAUAUUGUAUACUGCAUAAGUCACUCUUACAGUAAAACAUGUGUGUGUUUUGUAAACGUGGAAAUAAAAAUCACAAGAAACAAA